AAAUAUAGAGGAAGAAUGUGGUCAAAUACAGAGAUCGGUCAAAUACAGAGAGGUCCAAUACAGAGAGCGUCGACUGUACAAGCCUAAGAAGUAUCAGUAUAAGUAGUCGACUUUCACUUUUAUUAUAAUAAUAAUAAUAAUGAAAAGACAGCACCAACUUAUACUCACACUUAUAAUCAGUAAGAAUCAUUGGUAGAUAGAGUUGCUGUUAAUCCUAUAGUAUUACUAAAACUAUAUCACCACAAGUUGUUUUAUCACUACUUUUUAUUUCCGUAAUUCUACAACUCAUUUUUAAUUUUUAUUUUUAAUAAUUAUUGGACUGAAACAGUUUAAUCAGAUCCUUGAUCUUGUUGAGGUCACAUAUUUCACAUUAUUUAUCCGACAUUAUUCUUCACCAGAUAAAUACAUAGAUAAAGACAUUUAACGUCGAGGAUUUGAAAUAUGAAGGCGUUUAUCAUUCUUCUUCUCUUCAUCAUCGGACUCAUCGAUGCAUACGACCCAAAUGACAAAGAUCUAACAACAAUUCUCCUACCGGAAGGCGAAUUUGAAGCUUUUUAUCUAAAAGGCCCGCAAAGUGAAGAAGAAAACGCGGCUCGGCCGGCUCACUUACACGGAUCUUUUCACGCAUAUCGUCACCCGGCGCUUGUCAAUGCUCCAAACAGCGCAGCUUAUGGGUUUCGCUUUGACGGCAAGCGACGAUUUAAUUACGACUAGAGAUCAUUACUCAUAAUGACAAAUAGAGUUAAGUACAAGGUUAGAAACAUUUUGCCGGAUGGAUGCCUCCGAGAAAGAUUAAUCACGUUGGAAAAUCUAACAGUCAUAUCAAAAAUAAUAACAGCAGUAAUAUAAGAUAUACGCAAGCUUGCAGCAAUUUACGUUUAUUUUUUUGUUUGUUCCAUAUAAUCAAACAGUAUGGGCGUUCUUAGCUUCACCAUUAACUAGCCUAUCUCAGAAGAGAAUACUGCUGUAUCUAUAUAUAAGUAGUUUUCAUGUUGAAUUUAUAAACGUAUCAUUAAUCAAGACCUAAACAUCUAUCUUGAUUGAUUCCUGUUUUCAUCCAACUCAGCAAAACCGUCCUGUGGUUUUAACUCUACUUUUUUUACUUUUUUUUUAAGCGGUUGGUUAUUAUUUUAUUGGGAUUAGUAUAAAUAUUCAUUUUUAUGCGGUUUCUAAAUUUCUAUUGGAAAAUAAGUUUAAUUUAGUUUUAGAUUUAUAUUUAUAAUGUGUAAUAAUAUAU